GGACUAUUGACCCUGUUCGCCUUCCGUUUCGGCUUACCUCUCGUCUCGUUUAAGGUGGUAUAGGAGAGAUGACUCGGAGUUGUUCUGCUCUGGGCUGCACGACUCGGGACGGCGGGUUGAGCCGGGAGAGAGGCAUCUCCUUCCACCAAUUUCCUGUUGACGGUCUACAACGGACUAGAUGGAUUCAUGCUGUUAACAGAGAGGAUCCCAAAAGCAAAAAAGUUUGGACCCCAGGCCCUGGAGCCAUCCUCUGUUCCAAACAUUUUGUAGAAACGGACUUCAAGUCAUAUGGCAUGAGAAGGAAACUAAAGACAGGAGCUGUGCCUUCUGUUUUCCAGCAUAAGGUUCCCUGGAGUAUGUGCCAAAGAAGAAAGACCCAGGCGGUUGUCAAGCAGCCAUUUCCCGACAAUUCCAUCAUGGAGGAAGCUGUUAAGGACGAUCAUAAUUACAGCUUGAGAAGUCCUGAGUCCCUUUCCGGGCAGCAGAAAGAAAGCAAGGGCACAUUGCAGCUGCCGGAAAGAUCCUCUGCGGCUCAAAGGAGGAGCCUCUUGCACUGACAAAAGCUGCUGCUGUAAUUAAAGAAGAAGAGUUUGGAUUUAUAUCCCCCCUUUCUCUCCUGCAGGAGACUCAAAGGGGCUUACAAAUUCCUUACCCUUCCCCCCUUGCAACAAACACCCUGUGAGGUAG